UAAAAGCAUGAAAUCGUAGUUAAACAAAAAAUUCGACAAAUAAAUUUACUUCUCUCACUUUCUUGUAUUAUAUAUAAUAACUAGAUCCAUGAUUUCUCGGUAGUUGCAUGCAAAGCUAUCUGGCAAAUUAAUGAGCGGUGGUUCUGAGCAAGGCAAUUCAGCCUCAGUUAUGUCUGGAAGCAACGAUGAAGAAACAUGGAAUCUAGCCAUCAGCCUAGCAAAUGCCGUUGUUCUUCCAAUGGUACUAAAAUCAGCUCUGGAGCUCAACAUCAUCGACAUCGUUUCCACACCUGGGAACACUGGUGCGUCCCUCUCAGUAUCCGAGAUUGUACAACGGAUUCCGGCUGCGAGGAACCCAGAUGCACCUAUCUUACUGGACCGUAUGUUGCGUGUUUUGGCAAGUUAUGAUAUAGUGAAGUGCUCGUCGUGGGCCAAAGAGAAUGGCCACAUUGAAAGAUUGUAUGGUCCCGGACCCAUAUGCAAAUUCCUUACCAAGAAUCAAGAUGGGAGUGGAUCUGCUGCUCCUCUUUUGUUGAUGUACCACGAUGAGGUCUUCAUGAAGAGCUGGUCCCAUUUAAAUGAUGCAAUACUUGAAGGUGGAUUUCCAUUUACCAGAGCCUAUGGAAUGACGGCAUUUGAAUACCUAGGAACUGAUCAGAGGUUCAAUAGGCUAUUCAAUCAAGCUAUGUCAAGCUACACUACCUUAUUGGUGAAGAAGAUCCUUGAUGCUUACAAGGGAUUCGAUGGCCUCAAGUUGUUAGUUGAUGUGGGCGGUGGUACAGGAGUUACUCUCAAUAUUAUCACUUCAAAAUAUCCUCAUAUUAAGGGCAUUAAUUAUGAUUUGCCCCACGUAUUAGCCCAUGCACCUUCAUAUUCAGGAGUGGAGCAUGUUGGAGGAGAUAUGUUUACGAGUGUUCCAAAGGGAGAUGCAAUUUUCCUGAAGUGGAUACUCCAUGAUUGGAGCGAUGAGCAUUGCUUGAAACUUCUCAAGAACUGCUGGGAAGCGCUCCCUAGUGAUGGUAAGGUGAUUGUUGUGGAGUCUAUUCUGCCGAUGGCCCCGGAGAAUAUUGUCUCUUCACACAUUGUGUAUAAGCAAGAUUUAUUCAUGUUAGCUCAAACUCCUGGAGGCAAAGAGAGGACCCAAAAGGAGUUUGAGGACUUAGCCUUGAAAUCUGGCUUUUCAAGUUGUGAAGUUAUAUGCUGUGCUUACAACAGCUGGGUUAUUGAGUUCUACAAAUGAGCUAGAAUGUUGAUCUUGAUUAAAUAAACAUGUUUUGCUCUCUGCAACUCAUACCACACAGAAACAUGUUUGUGUUUAGUAUCAAUGGAAUAAUGGGAAGGUCACUGGCUAUGUAUUUGCUCGUGUAUGUAAUAAUUGGUGGAAGCUUGAAUUUCACUAUCUUUUAAUUAAUCUGCAAUUUAAUCCUUCAGAUCUA